AAUCUGUAUCGCAGAAUCGAAGAAAUCAAAGAAGCGCGUCUGUAUUGGAGACGUUAAAAAUUGGCGUAAUCGGGACACUGGGCUUUGUCACUCCGGAGUCUAGAGUAGUCCGGAGACACUUGGCUCCUACCUACCCACAUUACCUAUGCAUAAAUUAUAAUAAGUAACUAUGAACAUCUUGGAGUCCAGACUUCAGACCGUCAGAAAUGGAGGCACAUCGUCAGCGCAACCACGACCACUCUGACAAGAGUGUCCGACUAAGAAGAAGAACAGACUUCAAGGAUAUAAUAAUAAAUAAAAUUAAUCAGUGUCUGUAUUGUUUCACCUUAGAAUCAAAGAAGCUUCAUUUUAACACUGUAAACCGUGUGAUGUAAAUGCUAUUUAUUUGUACUUUGGAUUCAGGAUAAAGUGCAUAGACAACUAGGUUUUGCUCGUACCGUGGGUCACAAUAAGCUACUUCUUUGUUUGAGCUGGCUUAAUCUGGUGCCCGAUAUUGAUAAAGGUAGAUAUCAAUACACAAUGUCCGCACAAAUGACAUCUUGACAUUGAAUCCCGCGGCAGCAGUACAAAGAGACGUCAAUAAAUUCAUAAAAAAUCGUACCUACCUAAUGCGUAAUUACAAUUAUACUGUGUUGUCUUAUCAGGAAUAAAUAAUAGAAUUGGAAAAUCCAUAUAAUCGGUGGAUCGUGUAAGAAAAUUUAAAGUAAAAUAUGGCAAGCGCCGAGAAUGGUGACUUCCCAGACAAGCAAAGAAUACAGGUGGAGCCUAAAAUGAGAUCAAUCAAUUUGGAUAAAGUCUUGGAGGAUGAAGUUGGGGCGUUCGGGUGGUUCCAGAAGCGGGUCAUCCUGCUGGCGGGGCUGCUGGUGGUGUUCGUGUCAUGGUCCAACAACGAAUACGUUUUCACUACUGCAAGAAUCCCAACCAGAUGUCACAUUCCCGAGUGCGACCUGGAGGAGCCCGAGUUCCACAGCGAGUGGCUGCCGAGCGCGAUCCCCGGCAGCGCGGCGGCGCUGGACGGCUGCCAGCGGUUCGGCGCCGCCAACGCCUCCGCGGCGCGCGCCGACGCCUGCCCGCCCGACUGGUUCGACCGGGACCGGCUCGAGAGCUGCGAGCGACAUCUCUACGAGAAUACAGACACUGUCGUUUAUGAUUUUGACCUGGCCUGUGACGAAUGGCGCCGGGCCUUGAUCGGUUCCAUGAAGGUAUUCGGCAUGUUGCUCGGGGUGCCCCUGACCGGCUACGUGUCCGACCGCUUCGGCCGGCGCACGGCGGCUGUCAUCACUGCUGUCAACUGCGCAUGGAUCGGCAUCUUGAGAUUCUUUGCGAACACCUACAUAGGGUUCAUCAUAUCUGUGUUCGCAGAAACCGCUUUCGGAUCUGCAUACACGACUGUUUUUAUUUUAAUGAUGGAAAUAGUGGGCCCUAAGUUUCGCGUGGGUGUCGGUGCCACCAUGACCUCAUUUUUCUCCAUCGGUCAAAUGAUAAUGGCCCUAAUCGCGUGGGGUGUACCAAACUGGAAGCACCUCACUUUGGCGCUCUUCGCUCCGCAGUUCAUUACAAUAGCGUACUUCUGGCUUCUGCCUGAGUCGUUCCGCUGGUACAUGAGCAGAGGUCGAUAUGAAGAAUCUCAAAAUGUAUUAAAGAAAAUUGCAAAAGUAAACAAGAAAACACUGUCCGAAAAAUCUUUGAUAGCCCUAAAACAGUUCGGCGAAGAAGAAAAAGCAAGGCAAGAGAAGCUGAAAGAACAAAGUAAAAACGAACCAUGGCUGAUUGUUUUGGUCUUCCGCCACAAACCGAUACUGAUCCGGUGUUUAGUGUCGCCCAUUUGGUGGAUUACUACGACGUUUAUUUACUACGGUCUUACGAUAAACGCUGUGAACAUGUCCGGGAACCGAUUUGUNAGAUUUGUCAAUUACAUAGCUGUAAUGGCCGCCCAAAUACCGGGAUACUGGAGUGCGGUGUUUCUCAUUGAAAAAAUUGGCAGAAAACCGGCUUUGAUUACAGCAUUCUGGCUAUGUGCAGCAUGCCAGAUAGGAUACAUUAUCAUGCCAGAAGGGCAAUACGCGCUCUCCUUGACGUUGUAUCUAGCGGGCACGUACUGCAUUUCCAACGUGGUAACUGCAGUCUACUCGUACACCGCCGAGCUGUAUCCGACUAAGUACCGCAACAGCUUGUUCGCGUUCUCAUCAACGAUGGGAAGAAUCGGCAGUAUCUUGGCUCCACUCACGCCUGCUCUAGGAGCUGCGGUGUGGGACAAGCUGCCGUUCGCGCUGUUCGCCGGCCUGGCCUGCCUGUCGGGCGCGCUGGUCUUCGUCACGCCGGAGACGCGCGGCACCAAGUUCCCCGACACCAUGGAAGAAGCCUCCCAACUUGGCAGGAACAACAAGCGCACUAGUACUAGGUUAUAACGUAAAAAUACUAAAGGGCUAGAAGUUAACUUUGCAUUUUAUUACCCGACUGCGCUAGAAGGAGGGCUAUGUUUUUUUGAUUUUGGUCCUUGCAACUUUUUAACAGUGGUCUGUGUUGGGGAUUACAUUUUUCAAGUGUAUACCUACGAGUUAUAACUAAGUAUUAUGUUGGACGUGUAUAAAUGUCCUGGAAAGUACCUAGUAAUAAAUAAUUUAUUUCAUCACA